CGGCACGCAAACGCAGCCCAAAAGGUACGCGCCCACACGAGAGUGAGCGUAAAGUAGCCGAGACGCCCUACAGAGACGCCGCGCGCAAAAAACGCGCAGCCCGGGCGCCCCGCGCACGCAUUUCUACAAGCCCCAGCGAAAAGCCCCAGCUAAGGCCGGGGCGGCGCGCGGCGCCCCCGCCCGCGCAACGCCGCAGCGGCCACACCGACGCAGCUCCCGGCACAUAGUCAACAUUUACGGCCGCGCCCCGCAGGCACAACCACACCGCCGGCGCCGCCGCGGAUUCACCGGCAUCUCCCAUGGACGAGACCAAGGCGGCCGACGCCGCCGCCCUCGACGCCUCGAUCCUGCCCACCAUGGCCGCCGCCGAGGCCACGCUCCAGGAGCUCGACGCCGUCGUCAAGCCCGAGCCCACGAUAGACGCGCUCAGCAUCAACACCUACGCCGGGCCGCCGCCGCGCACGUCGGGGCGCCGCCGCAAGCCCUCGGUCCUCGUGCACCAGGUCUCCGUCGACGAGGACGACGGCGGGCUCUACGUCCAGCCCGCACCGCGGCCCGUCUACCAGGGCGGCGUCCGCCUCAGCGCGUUACGGGUGAAACAGCUCGUCGACUCGGACCAGGCGACCCUCGACCGGGACGAGAUCUGCGAGGCCAUGGACGUCGACGGCAAGGUGAGCCAGACGGACUACGGGCGGUGCGGCGGCAUGCUCUCCGGGCGAUUGGGACCGAACAAGUUCAUUGUUGAUUAUGCUAAGGGCCUGCGGUCGAAGUGCAAGCGCCACCGCUGCAAGCACGCCUUUAGGGACGGCGAGCUAAGGGUCGGCAAGAUCCCGCCGCGCGCGCGCAAGGACGUGCCGGCGCGCCGCGUCCACUGGUACCACCCCGCCUGCAUCUUCAAGUCGUUUGAGCGGGCGUCCAAGAAGACGAAGACCAUCGAUACUAUUGAAGAGAUCGAGGGUUUUGAAGAACUCCACAAGGCGGACCAGCGCGACCUCGCGAAGCGCGUCGACGAGUGGGCCGCGCGCAAGGCCGAAUCCCUAGCUAUGUACAAGCCCAAGAAGAAGAAGGCGCGCCGCGAGUCGCCGUCGGCCGUGGCCCUGGCGCUCGCCGUCGCGGAAGCCGCGGCCGCGCCCAAGAAGCUGAGGAUGGACCCGGGCGGCUCCGAGUUCGUCACGCCGCCGUCGUCGCCGAAACCCAAGGUGCGCACGGUCACGCCCUGCGACGGGCCGUCCAGCGACGAGGACGUUUCGUUAGAUGGCUCGUCCCAUUGUAUGUUCUUACCGGAGCCCGUCAUCAGUGUCGAGGAGUCCAUGGAGAUGCCUCUGAUGGAGAUGCCGCUCGACUCCCUGGCCUACGUGGACGCGAACGACACGUUGGAUUUUGGCGCGCUGCUCCCGAGCAUCUUCGAUGAAGUGGAGGGCUGAGCGGGACUUCUUCUGAUUGCGGAAGAAGUCUAACCCCGCCGCCCUGUUCUGUCGAAGCCCCUACCCCCUACCCCCUUACGGCGACCGCGCCUGCACGAGGCGCCGCCACCGCCGACGGCACCUGUCAAAAAGUCAACAACUGUACGCCGCCGGCGACGACCCCCUGUACCCCGGUUAUCUCCUGUCCACUGUCCCAAAUGUAAGAAGUAGGC